CGGCCUCCUCACUUCCGGCUUCGCUUCUCUAGGUGCUGGUUCUGGAGGCCCGGUUAGAAAGUCGCCGGUGCAAAGUGUCCUCGGUGGUUGGUCUGUGUGAGCUUGUGACAGCUGCAGUUGCUCCCCGCCCCCGAGGAUCCAAGUUCAUGCCAUCCACAUCCCUGCCGUUAUAACUUCCAGAUUUAUGUCUUCAGCCUGGAGCUCUAGACCUGCAUUUCAAAAGUCUUAGUGUAUUGGUGGAUUUGGAUACCCUAGAGACAUUUUCAAAUUCAGAAUGUCUACAACUGAACUCAUUCUCUGAACCUCCUGCUUUUCCCACUUUGGAGUCUGCCAUGGAUCAAGAAUCUCCCAAGAAUUCAGCAGCAGAAAUUCCAGUGACUAGUAAUGGAGAAGUUGAUGACACUCAUGAACAUAGCUUUAAAAGGGAUUUGAAGCGUUCCUUACCAUCUGGACUUGGUCUCUCAGAAACCCAAAUUACAUCUCAUGGCUAUGACAGUACCAAAGAGGGGAUUAUUGAAGCAGGAGCACUUCAAGGUUCCCCCGCACCACCAUUGCCAUCUGUUAUGUCUCCUAGCAGGGUUGCAGCUAGUCCACUGGCUCAACAAGGAAGUGAUUUAAUUGUUCCUGCAGGUGGCCAGAGAACACAGACAAAAAGUGGACCAGUUAUUCUAGCAGAUGAAAUUAAAAAUCCUGCAAUGGAAAAGUUAGAACUUGUUAGAAAGUGGAGUCUGAACACCUAUAAGUGUACUCGGCAAAUUAUCUCUGAGAAGCUAGGCCGUGGCUCAAGAACUGUGGACCUUGAACUUGAAGCUCAAAUUGAUAUAUUAAGAGAUAACAAGAAAAAAUAUGAAAAUAUUCUAAAACUGGCUCAGACACUGUCAACCCAGCUUUUCCAAAUGGUGCAUACCCAAAGGCAACUUGGAGAUGCAUUUGCUGACCUGAGUUUGAAGUCAUUAGAACUCCAUGAAGAAUUUGGCUAUAAUGCAGAUACCCAGAAGCUGCUUGCUAAAAAUGGAGAGACUCUUCUUGGAGCCAUUAACUUUUUCAUUGCUAGUGUGAACACUUUGGUGAAUAAAACAAUUGAAGAUACAUUAUUGACUGUGAAACAGUAUGAAAGUGCCAGGAUUGAAUAUGAUGCAUAUCGCACUGACUUGGAAGAACUGAAUCUUGGACCACGUGAUGCAAACACUUUGCCAAAGAUUGAGCAGUCACAGCAUCUGUUCCAGGCACAUAAGGAAAAAUAUGAUAAAAUGCGCAAUGAUGUUUCUAUCAAACUGAAAUUCCUAGAAGAAAAUAAGGUUAAAGUAUUGCACAAUCAGCUGGUCCUUUUCCACAAUGCCAUUGCCGCUUACUUUGCUGGGAAUCAGAAGCAACUUGAACAAACACUUAAACAGUUUCAUAUCAAAUUGAAAACCCCUGGAGUGGAUGCCCCAUCUUGGCUUGAAGAACAGUAAAAUCACAUCUGGAAAAAAAAAAAAAAGAAAAUCACAUUGUUAUAUUUCUAAAUAACCCUAAUAAGAAUUAAGCAGAGUUGAGGGAAGUGAGGAAGGUGACAACCAUUGUAGUGAUUCUUGCACAAACAGCUUUAAUUUUUCCUUUUUCAUACUUUAACAAUUGAACUAUUAAAUUUGAUGGGAAGAUGGGUGAUUUUAAUGUAAACAUAGUUUCUAUAAUCUAAAAACAGUAAUUUUUCUUUUUGAGAAAUCCUUUUGUAUUGUGAGGGUUGAUGGCUAUUUCUGUAGUUUGAAAACAUCUAAAAAAGAUUUGCACUGACAAGAUAAAAAAUUCACGGUUUUUUGGUCCUGGAAAUGAGGGCCAGUUGUAACUUUUCCAAAGGGAGGUUUACAUGAUUUGUAUCAACAUCAGAUAUUUUAUAUAUGAAUAUAUUAAACAUCUUUAAGAGAUUAUUUUCAUGUAUUGUCUUAAAGAAAAAAGAAACUAUUUUGCAGAGUAAAAUUAUAUGGUGUUCCUGCAGCGUCCACACAGAGGCAGCAGCUCUAAUGAAUGACUGAUUAGCUUGUGGAGUUGUGGCAAACACCUUUUUAAAAAUCAAUCUGUACCAUUGUAAUUUUGUUUAGACUUUUUUUUUAAGUCAUGGGAAUCACAGUGUCGUUUCUGUGAGGCUUUUAAGCUUAUUGAAUUAGCAUCACCCAAAGUCAUUGGCGGUUAUGUUUGUAAUUUCUUUUGAUUCAUAAUGAAACCUGCUUAAGAAAAUUUUUUUUGACAGGUGGCAUUGGGGAUGGAAAUUCUUGAUGGUUUCUAGAGUAGAAAUCUGUACUUAGGAAGCUUGUUUUGGUGUAAAUUCCGUUUUGAUAGAAAUGAAUGCCUAGACAGCUUUUCUUAACUUCCAUAUGUAACAAUACCGUGUAAGCCUUAAAUCACAGAUAUGUGCCUUCUCAGAUACAGUAAUUCUUGUUCAACCAAUGUACAUAACCCAUAAAGAAACCCCUUUCAGAUAAUGUUUGAUGUGUCUGUUCCUUCCUUGGAAAGGAGCACUGUGUAUUAAAUGUUGGGUUUCUUGGUAUUUGUUAAACCAUAGUUGAAGUUUAUGGUAAAAUCAACUUUUCAGUUUGCUGUUUGGUUUUUCUUGAUACCUUUGGAGGGAAUGGGAAAACAGAAGGAUUUUUUCACUUGGUUAAUGAAAAAGUAAUUUGGGGUAGUGUGCUGAUACCAGGAAGAAAGAGGAUUGAAAGGCCAGCACUGAUUCUGUUGCUCAGCACUGUUGGUUUUGUGUUAAGUGGUUGCCCUGUCCACUGUGUGGUUCUAUCAGUAGCAUAAUCUUUUUUAGAUGUAAAGUUCCUUUAAUUUUUGUCAUAAUUAAUAUUUUGAGAGAUGUAUUUUCACCUAUUCAUUUCUUAUGUUGAAAUGAAUACUUAAAAUUACUGUUAAACAUAAACUUUAUGGACUGUGAGAUUUGUUAUAUAUGUUCAAAUGCCUUUUAGCUGGAUUUUUAAUUAAUAUGCCUGUUUUGAGAGCUUAAUACAUACAGUGUCAUGUGAUUGUAAAUCAUAGCCUGUUUUAAAUCAUUCAUUCCUGUAUAUUUGUACUCCGAGAGAGCCUUAUUUUAUUCUUCCUGCAGAAAUACUCCUUGUGGUAGUUCAUUUACAUUCCCCAGAAUGUGCCUCUGGUGUGAAUUUUGUAUUCUUAUUAAAUGUGUUGGCUGCA